AUUACUAUUAUUUUCUUAAAAAUUGAAAAAGAAUGGGCUCUAAAACUUUGGUUUACAUUGGUCUUUUACUUGCUAUUGUUCUUUUCAUAUGCUCAGAUGUAGCAGCCAAGGAACAAGCAGACAUUAAUGCCGCAGAAAACAAAAAUGUGGAUGCCACUCCUAAUGAGGUAGACGAUGCAAAAUAUGGUGGGAAUAACGGUGGAUAUCCCGGUAAUAGAGGCGGGGGUGGCCGUAACGGUGGCUUUUCAGGUGGCGGUAGCAGAGGAGGUCGUAGUCGUUGCUACCACAGUUGCUGCAGGUGGAACUACAGAAGAGAUGAGUGUGUAAGGUGUUGUUCUUACGCUGGGGAAACUGUAAUAACAGAAGCCAAACCUCACAGCUAAUAGUACAACAAAUAUGCGUGUGGAAGCUUUGGGUUUUGUGGCUAUCUAAGUUUAGUUCUUAUAAAGGCAUGAAUAAAAAUCGUUAAUAAAGGGAUAUUUUAUUUAAGGUAAAUACAAUUUUGGACCCUCUGUUUUACAAAAGUUACUAAUUGGACCCUGUGUUUUGUUAAAUGAUAAAAUGGACCCUGUAUUUUCUAAAAUAGUACAAAUAGAACCCUGAAUUGAUUUUUUGUCAAAAUAAAGUUUAAUUAUAAUCCGAUCUAAAAGUGCUAUGACAAAACUGUUUACAUUUUUUGUAUCUGUUCGUAUUAAGCAUUGUCUUCAAGUUAGUUGUAUUAAAAAAAAGUUGUCAAAAAUUAAGCUCAGGGUCCUAUUUUUACUAUUUUAGAAAAUACAGGGUCCAUUUUGUCAUUUAACAAAACACAGAGUCCAAUCUGUAACUUUUGCAAAACACAGGGUCCAAAAUAGUAUUUACCAUUUUAUUUAUCUCACCAGCUUUGCCAUGUAAUAAUAACGAUCGAUCUACUGUUUUUAAUUUACUAUAUUGUACAAGUUUGUAUGAUUGAGGCUUUUAAUAUUAUGAAUUUCGUUUAGGAGCAAAAAGGAAAUUUAAAAUUAUGAGUUCCGUUUUGUACUCAAAGCUCGUGUGAUUUUGUUA